CCUCACUUGUGCUUUGCUUUUCCAUUCAUGCUUCACAAGAGAUUCUCGAGUGAGGCAUCACUGGUGUUGUUUCGUGCCCUCGUGAAUGCCAAACUCUGACCUGAACAGACUCAAGGAAGAUGUUUCUCUCUUUCAGGUCAGGACCCUGCUGCUAGUGCUGAUCCUGGUGCUCUCGGCUAAGAAUUCAGCCCACGGAAAGGCUGUACGAUCCAGACGCCAUAAGGAGGGAGGUGCCGACGGGACAAUGAACGAUGGUUGUCCAAUGCAAAAGAACUCCAGGUUCCCUCCAAGUGUGAAAGUCAACAUACACAUCAGCAGCCCCAAUUAUGUUACUAGAGUGGCUCAUGAUGUCAGGAACCGGUCUAUUUCUCCUUGGGAUUACAGCAUCACCAAGGAUCCCAACCGGUUCCCUGAAGUGAUCGCUGAAGCCAAGUGCCGUCAUUACAGCUGUGUGACGGCCUUGGGGCAGGAGGACCACAGCAUGAACUCAGUCCCCAUCCAGCAGGAGAUCCUCGUUCUCCGACGGGAGCAGAGAGGCUGCCAACACACCUACCGGCUGGAGAAACAACUCAUCACGGUGGGCUGCACCUGUGCCGUGCCUGUUCUCCGAUAUCAGUCCUAAGAAGAGCUUGUGGGUCAGGACUGGGAAGGAACAUGGACAGCUAACCAAUGAGGGGUGUACACAUUCGUGAUUGGUCUCAUUGGAGCCCCAAGUCUGUUGGAUCCUCAUGAAACUCAACCGGACUUUUCAAUUUAAA